GUUCAGCAAUUUCCUCAAGUAAAAAUCUUCUCUUUUACGUUUACGCCUUUUUAGUUUCUAAUAGAUAUUUCUCUUAUCUAAUUGAUUUACUUCUAACUAAUCAGUAACGUCUCUAACUCCUCCAAUUUGAUUUUUUGAGAAUCUCUCAUUUUUGAUAUCUGUUUUCCUUCUAUUUGAUCGAUGUUUGUUUCACUUGUAGUGUGACUGCUAAGUAGGUUAUUUUUACACAGUGCCCCAAAUUUUUGUCAUCUGUGUAAAUAUCUCUUUUUUCUCGGUGUUUCGGUUGUUUAAUCAGAGCUUAACUUGCGUGUCUAUAUUCAGUUAUCACUUCUCUCGAAAUUACCGGGAAUUUCGCCCAAGAAACACCAUAAACUACAUAAUUUGUUAACCUUCAAAUCUCUUCAAUCGUCAGGCAAACAUGCUCCUGUGAUGGCUUUUAAUUAACGUGCUUCACGUAGGUAAAUUGUGGAUGAUGCAUUCAUAGCUCAAAACUUUCUAUUUUGGAUCCUACUUUAAGGUGCAAGCCAACUUACCUUUACACAAGUGGCUGUAUGCAGUUAUGUGUUCUUGCCGUCGUUGGAAGUUCGGUAGUCAGCACUAAUAGUGUUUUCUUAGUCUAGCUCGUUUACUUAUCAACUUUUAUUUCGAUCAUAAAUUACUCAUCAGUGCAAUCUUCAUUUUUUUAUUUAAAUUCAUCUCGUGGGUGCCAAAAUGUGCCAGCAGUCUCAUCAUGUACUAUCACCAAAUUUCCAACUCGUUUCUCUAUGGUGGUCCCGGAUGCAGUUGAACAGUAGCUGAGUCUACAACAAUGGCUUUAUCAAACUAUAAACCAGCAGCUUUUCAUUCGUGCAAUUAUGGAUGUUCAUUAUAACAACAUUUUUGAAAGUACUCGUCAGUACUUUCAAGGUGUUCCUGUGAACGAUGUUAGCAACAAGUCAGAAUCAGAACAGGAGUCUGAUAUUGAGAAACAGAAAAUCAGCAAUUUGAAGCAUGCCAAAUAUAUGAGUGCUCCUUCGCCGUCAACCUCACGAGCUUAUUGGAUGCCACAAAAUGAGGGCCCUGGACAUAACAAAGUUCCAUUUCGACAAAAUGCACACGCUGCAGUUGCGGAAGACGAAACUCAUCAGAAACAUCACAAUAAUCUGUUGCCACCAAUCGCAGCUUUAUCGUCAACAGGAGUCUCAAAUUUUCCUGCAUUCAAAGCGGUUGAUAAAAUGAGUCAUCUAGGCCAAUAUCAUGGGAACUCUUCGUCCAGAACGACGGAUUAUGCUCCGUCGUCUGUUGCUGCCCCUGCCCCUUACUAUUCUAUUUCUAGUCAAGUAGCUGUAACGUCAUCUCCAGCUUAUUACUAUCCUGCCAACGUUCAAGCAUCAACAUCGAAGAGUGCCCCUUAUUUGCAUCAUGCCAAUGACACCUCGAUCGUGUCCCUCAAGAGAACUCCUCUGAGUGGCUCCAGGGAAUCUUCGUCGUCUUCAUCAUCAAUGGCAUCAAUAUUUCCAACCAAGUCAAGCUCAUAUCGGAUGAAUCCAAAGAAAGACAUCAAACCCCCAUUUUCAUCCUCUUCAGCAUCUAUGUUCCCGCCACACUCUGGCUUUCAACUGCCUGUUGCACCCUUUAAACAAGGACUGCCCUACUUAUCAACGGCCGAGUCUUUACAAUUCGGAUCCAAGAUAAUGCACCCGCCCCGGAACGGCAAUAAUAGUUUGUCGAAGGGCAAUUCAAACAUGGGUGUAUCUAGUUUCAGUAGCAAUCAAAUUAUGUAUGGCCUUAACUCUGCUUCAAGCAAAUCUAAUAGUGUGAGCCAUCAGUCUGAAAUGACUAAACGAGAAAGCCUUCAUCAGGCAUCGCACCCUAUUUCAGGGGCACCAAAACUGAAAGCGAAUACAGGGUCUAUUGCCGCAAGCUCUCAUGCUGCCUCUGUUCACACUCCUGUCUCUGUUUUUGGGUAUUCAGUUCCUAAGAUACAACCAACUGACUUUCACCAGUCAAUGAUACAAAUCAAUCCAAAGCUUCGACCCGAUAUUUCACGAGAUAAUGCAUCUCCUCUCAAUCGGACCCAAUCAGGUUUGCCUCACGCUCAGCAUGGAACAAGUAAAAAACUACCAAGCUUCCCUGAAACGUCCCUUUAUCCAGUCGUUCAAGAGAAAAAGUCAGUGCCCACUGCGCUUCAUUAUCCGGGCAUCUCACCUGUGUCUAAUGAAAGAAGCAAGGUCAUUCAGCAUCCCCAAACUACCAGAGUUGUCAAUCAAGAUCUUGAAGCUUGGACUCCCAAGAACAGUGGGCGCCUAAAGCGUGAAUCACCUUUAGACCUGUCAGUGAAGACCGUAAGGCAGUCAGCAGACUCAACUGCAAAAGAUGAAUAUGAAAACAAUAGUAGUUUCUCACUGCCUGGUUUCCAAACUCUUGAUUUCCGAAUCAGACCGCAAAUGUCAGAACCAUUUGCACCAGUCUCAGUGCCAGGCCUCGGAUACCCACUUAAUAACCCCCAGUCUUCAAUUCCAGCCCUCUCUGCCUCUGCAUCAGAAUUGUCCAGAAGAAAUGCCAAUUCCAUAUUCAGUGUUCCGCACCAUAUUCAGCCUCAGCGUGAAAGAGCAGCAGCAGAAGAGGAAAAUAAUGACUGGAGAUCAAAUGAGUCUGACCAAGGGAUGAUGCAGCAUAGAACCCAUGCUCGUUCCAGCUCAGAACUACAUAAAAGUGGUCAAAGAUCUCAGCCUUAUGAACCAAUAGUCAAUGCACCUCCUCGUUUGCAGUAUUAUGAGCAAAGGCAUCUGUCAGCGCAGCUCUUGGAAAGGAGUGCUCAAUCUAGGAAUAUCAUUAAUCAGCAUUAUUCCAUUCCUCAGUCACAUUUUGCUUUAGCCAAUCCUGUCGAUAAUUCUGUUUAUAAUUCAUCAAAAGCAAACAUGUUUUCACAUUCUAAGUCUGCUCAGUCCAAUUCUAGUGAGUCGCAUCAUAGCAAAAAACGCCCAUUACAUGCCCAAUCAGGUAGUGAACAUAAAGCGAAGAGUCCUAAAGUUGAUGCAUGGUUGAAAACAAUUGAUCAGCAAAUUGAAGAAAAAUUUAGCUCUUAUGUCACAUCGAAGGCGAAUGACCACAGAAGCUCAACCCCAAUAACCUCUGCAUCUGAUCCUAAUGUGCGACCUGCAGUUGACGGAUCCAGUCAAAAUUUCUCAAGAAACCAUGCUCACAUUAGGUACACACCAUACACUGAAGAGAAGGUCUAUCAAGAAAUUAAAGCACCUGAAGAAUCUAAAGCUUACUCUAAGCGAGAUGAACGUUUCAUUAAUGUUACUGAAUCUUCCCCUUCACUAUUCACCCGAGAGCAAGUAAAUCAUUGCUCAGUAGUAAGGCACAGUGACUCCAUCAAUGCAAAUAUCAUGACACCUGCUGAUAUCACUGCUGCCUCAAGAGGAACAACUUCGGAGAUUGUUGCUGAGAAGUUUGAUGGAUCAUCCACACCUCAGCCUCAAUUAGUCAGUCCAUUGGUGAGCUUUAAAGGAAAAGAAGAUGAAGAAAAAAUUAUGCCCCGGCCUCGUACAAAAGCAGAGUUGAAACAGGUUGAAUCUAGUCGUAACUUUCCAAAAUCAGACUUUAAUGUCGGCAAUGACAAUCUGUCUACCUCCAAUUGUAAAAUGACUUUUCUGCAAAAUAGCACGCCAUCAUUUGCAGGUGAUGUUGAAAGUGGUGAAAGCAAAAGUGGGGACGGACUUCCCACUCCACCAUCCGAAUCAAGCGUCAGUCCACCAAAGUUAACAGAGGAAGAAAUCAGCCGGUUGCCUCGAAAAAAGUUGUCCAGUGAAAUGGAUGAGAGUGAAGAUGGGCGAUGCUCUCUAGAUCCAUGUGUUUUUGAUUUUCGAGAUAGUGAUUCAGAGUGCGAAAUGCCAGUUCUUGAACGUCAAACUCUUGAUGAAAUGCGCAGAGAAAGGGAUCGCCGCAUACACUCCAAAAUUAGUACUUCAAACGAAAAUUUGUCAUCAGAAAAGGUUGCAACAAGCGAGACAUCGGUCGUUGAAGAAUCAAAAGAUCCGUUUUGGAUGGAAACUUGCGAUUCAUUCUUGGAACAGUUAACAACGGCUCCUGUGCAAAAGUUAAAGAAAAUAUCAAGGAAGCAUCUUAAACAUGAUUCAAAGUCAAGUGACAGUGCUCUGGAUAAAAAAUCUUCAAAUGAUAUCAUGGAAAGUUCAAAUGAUAUUGAACAUUCCAUCAUUGAUAAAAUUAGAGAACAAAUACUACUGCGUGAUAGUCGUGUUAAACGCGGCGAGUUGUGGGACCCGAAAGUAGUUGUGAAAGAUUUUAAGAAAGAGAAGCAACAUUUUCCAAACUUAAAACUUGAAAAACUGAGUACAGUUGAAUUGAAACAAGAAAUUGCUGAACUUAAAAGCAUGAAAAAAGAAUUGCAAGAAAAAAUAUUGGAAAGUUCUUUCAACGAUGAGAAAACAGAACCUCUUGAUGAAUUGAAACCGAACCGUUUGCACCUAAAAAAGCUAAAAUCGAGACAGAAAAGUAUUAAGCCUAAAGAAACAGGUAAUCAAGAAAAUAUUAAAAGGUCAGUGAACAUAAAAAUUAAGAAGCACAAGCAUUUGAGAAAGCUGACCAGCAGUGACGUGGAACAAAGCACUAGCUCCAAACAAGAAUCUAAAGAUUCAUUAUCUUCACCCUCUAGGUCAUCAGAUUCUAGCAUUAGUAGAAUUGAACCUAGCACCAGUAGAAAAAGGAAGCAAAAUGAAAUCAUGCCGAAUUCUUUGAGCAGUAGAUUUGUAUUAAGUGAAGCCAAAUCUAAUGGUCGUCCAAAACUCAUCUUGAAAAGCACCAACCGCAAAGAUUCUAGUGAAAGUGUCUCAUCGAAUGAUUUGGAAGUUAAUAGCCAAAGGAACAAGUCACUGCCACGUAGAAGCGGAAAUGAAUUGCCGCUGAAAAACUCUGCAAUUAACGAACGCUCAAAACGUAAAAUCCUCAAGAGGAGACGAGUUAGCUGCUCUAUUGGUGGUCGUCCAGGGCUACGCAGUGCUACGGGUCUACGAAGUGCAAAGUCUAUGCUGAAUGUUAAACGUCAAAAACAGCUGAAAAAUAAAAUGAAAAAUAAAAAUACAAAGUCCGCAAAGCAGCCUGAAAUUGCCAAGCCACAAGUUGAUAAGGACGAAAAAGAUGUAGGUAGUGAUCAUACUGAAGCUGUGCACCUGAACAAAAAGAAGUUCAAAUUCAGAACUGUUCGAAGAAAAUUCAGAUCAUCUGGCUUCGAUUACCUCAGAAAGAAGAAGAAACAAAUGAAGAAGCAGGCAGCUUGUGAUGAAACCAAAUUAAAGAAGUUUUCUACAAUACGAGCCACUCCGGAAAGUAUUCAUGAUCUGCAAGCAGAAAUUAAAAGUUGGGUGAUCAACAAAGGACUUGGGGAAUCUGUGCUGCACCGCGCUGCAAGACUUGGUUAUCCAGAUGCAGUAGCUUAUUGCUUAGAAGUGCUGGAAAUUGGAGCUAGUGUUCGAGAUAAUGCAGGUUACACGCCUCUUCAUGAGGCAUCACACAGAGGGCAUUUAGCAAUAGCUCGCAUGCUUUUGAUGUAUGGAGCAGAUUCAAGUGCCAGUGCAAUUGGAGGCAUCAGACCUCUUCAUGAAGCAGCGGAAAAUGGUCAUGUGGAAUUAGUUCGACUAUUGUUAUCCUAUGGUGCUGAUCCAUUACUAGCAACUUACUCAGGUCAAACUCCCAUAUCCCUGGCACAUGAUGUGGCAAUGAGAAAUCUACUCGAGCACCACCUUGCAGAUGUUCAGGGUUCAACAGCUCCAAAAUGGGACUUGAACACUUGGCCUUCUUUUUAUGACGAUGCUAUGUUCGGUUGUGCUGUUUUGUCGGAUGCGCCAGACAUUUCUCCUCGCCAUGAACCGGAUGUGGAGAUAGAAUACUCAGAAAACAAUCUUCCUAGUACUUUCUGGUUGAUUGGUGAACCAAUGUCAGAUGUUUGGGCAAUGUGGCACGAGGUUGCAUCUGUAUUAAGAGUUAAGUCAACUGAUGCCCUUUUGAAACUACUCGGAAAAACAAGCGCAGAAAUUCUUCGUGAGCUCACUCCAGCUGAAUUUACUUCAAAAGCCUCGAAUCCGUCAAUCUUUGGUGCUGCUAGCUAUAAAUCUCAAAGUAAGUGUCAAAAAAUAUUAUUAGUUAAAUAUACUGAGCAAUUAAGGUCUCAUAUGAAUAUAGAAAAAUUGACUGUUUCAUUGAGAUGACCAUAGUUUGAAAUUCCUUUUCUAUUCCAAAUGGGAAUGAGGUAAAAGCAGCGAUUUGGUUUUUCCUCUAUUUUUAACUCACUUACGUUUCUGGCUCAUGACUUCUUUAAAUCCUUCGCUGAGUCUUGACUCAAAUCAUUGUUACGUUGAAGGUUUAAUACCCAACUGCAUUUUAGUUCCUCUGGAUGUCAGUUCGUAUUAGAUUUAAGGGUCUGAACAAUAUGGACACACCCUCUUGGAUUGUUAUCUUAUGGUGUCAGUUUGUAGAGUUUCUAUAAAAUGGUAACAAAUGAAUCAAUUAUUUUUGUCUAAAAUAUUUCUUAAAAUUUAAUUUUUUAUGCUGCAUUUUUACCUCUGAAAAUUGAUAAUUAUUCUGUUGGAGGAGGGCCCAAUCCUUAUUAAAACUUUUGAUCGAAAGGAUUUUGUUGUAAAGGCUGGGUGUACCUCCUUCAACUUUUGAAUGGUUGCAAUUUUUUUUUGUACUUAGCUUAGGAAAAAGGUAUAGCUUAGUCUUGGAAUGAAUGAUUCAGUCAAUGAUGUCAAAUAACUCUCUCUCCAUCAAAAUAAUGCGUGGCUCUCCAUGCGAAGGAACGUAUCUUGGUUGUGCUGUUUCAGUAUUCCUUAGUGACCUUUUGUUUUUUUACAGAAGAAUCCUCCCAUGAAUGUGCCUGAAAUUUUCAGUAAUUUUUUUUUCUUUACACUUGCGAGAUGAUACAUUAAAAUUUUCAGAAACAUUUCAGCAGUGGUUCUCCCUUGAAAUAAUAAAAUCUUUGUAGGAACACUGAAACAGUGUAGCUAAAAUACAUUCCUUCGUGUGGGAGACGACGGAUUGUCAUUGCAAAUAAUAAUAUUCAGAAACAUCUUGAACAGUGUGUUAUGUACUUUGGCAUUGAAUUUCUACAGUCUCCUGUAAGCCUUAGUCUGGGGCAGCGUUAGAUAAUUUUAAGUUAGUUGAAACUGAAUGAUUACAAAUAAUCAACUUUUACUCAAAAAAAUUACCCCUUAACUUUUUUAAACAAUCUGUAGGCUCAAAGAAAAGUCAGUAAAGUUAUUCAAAUUAGGAAAAAAAAACCAACUUUUGAAUCCUAUGCUAGAACUGCUGGCAGCUAAAUGAGCAGUUCUUAACUUUUAGUUCCUCCGAUUCGUCGAUCCUUUCUUGCCUUCUCAGCAUGGCGCAUCAUUUUUUUGCUGUUGUCACCUUUCAUCAUGGAAUCAUUUAUUAUACCAAUCUUUUGGAUUUUUAUUAUUUUUAUCAAAUAUGAGACAGCAAAUGAAUUGUGACGUUGAAAGUAUAUUGCACUCUCUAUUCUCUGAUUUGGUGAUGUGAUUAAAAUUUGCAAAUUCCCAAAUUAAAUCAAAAGGUAGGUAUUGAUGAACCAUUUUGCCGUAAGACUGGUUUUUUUCAUGAAAGGUAGUAACAACUCACAGUGGCAGACCGUGUUUUCAAACUAAAAAGAAACAACAAAGAAACGUCCCGUUUGUAGUUUAAUUAGCAAAUCAAAUUCUGGAUGUAUCAUCAAAGAAAGGAGAAAUUUGAAUCAUGAUCAUAUCUAAAUUUUUCUGAAAAAAAUUCCAGUGUCAUAACUGUUUGAAAUUACGCAGCCAUGUUGAGAACAAUGCAGCUCCAUAUCAGCUUCACUGGCUUAUCAAAAAACUAUUCAACCUAAUGCUUCAAUAGAAUACACUGCAAAAUUUUUCCCCGAUCAUUUUAUUGUAGUAUAACAAUGUAUACAUGGGAAAAAAUGUGGGCAUUCUUUGGGAAUGUAACUUUUAUGGCUGUAUGAUGAACUAGUAUUUACAAAUGAACUAAAUCUCAAAUGAUUCCCCAUUAAAUUUUGUGCAAAUUAGGGACAAGAUUUCAUUGUGCUUACCAUUUCAUCAAAACUCCGUUUUAGCUCAGAUAGAAUAAAUUUUAUCAAAUACCUGCUUUAGCUCUUGGUUCUUCUUAAACUCUGUAACACCAUGGGCAGUUACAUUUAGAGACAGAGCUAACCAUUCUUUGACUACAAACUCUACUGUAACUCCAUAUGUUAAGUCAGAGCCAUAUAGUUUCCAAUAAGCGUAGCAUUACAGAAGCAUGCCGUUUUCAAAAUACCCUGUUCAACUGUUUGUGACCAUCAUUACUAUAUGAUACAUCAUGCAGAUCUAUGGAGAGAAGUAAAAACAUUUAUCUUCACCAGCUUGAACUCUCUUAAAAUCCAUUUCAUCUCACAAUUACUUUGUCUGCUGGUAGUUGUGAUCCUUCCCUCAUUUUUUCAAUACCUGAUUCCUGUCAUGUAAGCCUUUUUUUCAUCAAGUUCACUGUUUACUUAGUGAAAUGAAAAUGUGAUAAUGUUAAUAAGAAAUAUUGUUUCUGUGUGCAAUAACUGUUGAUGUUAUAUUUGUUUCCAAUUUUAAAUAAUAUUAUUUGCUUCAUUUCAUAUAAAAGUUUAUUUUGUUUUGUUUCAUCCCGUUCAUUUUUGUUCUAUGUUUCCUCUCCACUUUUUUACUUAUUUUUUCAAUUAAUUAUUUUUUGAACUUUUCUUGUUUGACUGAUUUGUUUCUCCUGAAAGUACGUUAUAAGAAAAUAACUUAAUGUAAGUAAAUAAAUUUUGUUACAUUUAGUUUACGCAAUAUCUGGGUUUAAGUACGCCUAUUUAUGUAAACAUGUAUUAUCAUUUCUGUAUAUGUGAAAUAAAUUAUAUUCCGUAAA